CUUUUGCCGCCACACGCUGUUCGACCCGUAUUGGGGACAACAGCCACGCCCGUCGAUCUCGGAGUCGGCAACACGGAGACGCUCUUGCUGAAGCCCUCGGAGUACCAGGGACUGAAAGGCACGGCUGUUGCCGGGCGAGUUGUGAUCAUGACCACGAACACGGUGCCGAUCAAGCAACGCGUCAGCCCUGCCGCUGCGCCUUCCAAAGGGAAAGGCAAGACCAAAGCCAACAAGGAAGCCCAGCCGCAGGCGAGCCAGAAGACGGAGCUGCAUUUGGCGGGAUCGGACUCGGUCAACGAGGUCGUCUUCAUCGAUGCUUGGGCGGAUGCGUCUGAUCGGAUUUGCGAGCGCUGCAAGCACGCCACAGCCCUGGUCGACCUCCCGUUUGCCUUACCACCUUCGAAUCAAGGGCACGAUCGGAUUCAAGUUUUGGUGCAGAAGCUAGAAAGCUUGCCUUGGGGCGAGGCCCCUCCGCACCAUCCGUUGGUGUCGUUGGACUCCUUGGCCCGCGUCAAGGACAAACAACAAGUUUGUGUGGCUGCGCAAGUCGCGGAGAACCCGGGAAGCACGGAGAGAGACGUGCAGAACCAGGGCAGGCAGAACGUCUGCAACGCCGUCCUUCAGCAAGGUGGCACCCGGGUCCGGUGCGCCUUUUGGCGAGGCUUUGCUGACCAAUUCGCAACACGAGAGCCGGGAACUUGCUUGCUGCUUCUCCAAGUGCAGGUGGAAAAGAAGAAAGAGGGAUCGUGGGAACUGGGCAGUCUUCGCGCGACGCAAAUCUUGGAUUGCCCGGUGGAGCUCGAGGCGAAGAUUCGGGGAAACCUCAAGGAAGCGUCGGAGUGCAGAAUGUUGACACAGGUUCCAGGUCGCAACUGGAAGGAGUGCGAGGCGGUGUCAUCCUCCCUGAGCUCCCUCGUGGCUGCCAUCGUGCCCGGUCACUUGCGGAAGCUGAGUACGGUCUUCCGAAUUUCGGGGCUGCAGAUAAUGGGACUGAGCUCAGUUCGAUCCGACAGUGAUGACUGGGCACAUCCGGAUGCUACCCAAGAGAACCGCCUGGCUCUGCGCGCGAUCUUCGUCGAUAGCGAUUGCCAGUGCUCUAUGGUUUUGUACCACGACACCAUCGCUGCCAACGUGGAUCUGGGACAGGAGUUUUCGGGACGAGAUACUCCGGAGCUGCGGACCAAAAACGAGUACCAGCAGAUCAUGGAACUGGAGUGUCGCCACCUCGAGCCCUUCCUGAACUUCCAUGCAGCCUCCUCGGAUCUGUUGCCCCACAUGCUGAAGCUUCCGCGUUGCUCUGUGGGAGGUGGUUGCCCAGUUGCUCCGUUACGGGAAGUGACGAGGGACGCCGACCUCGGCAUGCUCACGGUGCAUAAGAUCGAUGCUUCAUCGGUGAGGGCUUUGGUGAUGUUCAACGACGUUGACAUGGCCGACGACGAGAGUCUGCAGCAAGAGAUGAACACGACGUCGGCCAUGAGAGUCAAGCAGUGGGUGGACUGCUGCUUAUCGGGACCGGCGCCGUUUCAAACGGGCGAUGCUCCGUUCCGCUGCAAGAUCCGAGCGGCUGGUCCGAGCUCGGCGGUGCGCUGGCUUCUCCGAGGCAGGAAAGGCGACGUCUUCCAGGUCGUGUUGAUGCAGACGGAGACGGACGACGAGUACUCUGUGCUUUGGCACGUGCCAGUCCAGGAGGACGCCUUCGAGUCGGUCCGGACCUAUUAUCGCUAUGUCUGCGCUCAGCAGCAGGAAGCAGACGAGUUGGAAUUUGAGACCAACUGGACGCCUGCGAAGCGGAUCAAGACUGUGAGAGAAAGCAUGCCCACGCCGUCGAAGAACAGCGGUGCUUGGGAAGAGCAGUUCGCCUGA